AUGAUCACAAUCACAGACACCCGCUUUACGCUGAAUACCGGCGCCGAAAUCCCGGCCCUGGGGCUAGGCACCUGGCAGUCUCCACCUGGCAAGGUCGAGGCCGCCGUCUACCACGCGCUCAAGGUUGGGUACAGACAUAUCGAUGCGGCGCUCUGCUACCAGAACGAACAGGAGGUCGGCAAGGGCAUCGCGCAGGCAAUCCGGGACAACAUCGUGCGGCGCGAGGAGAUCUUCGUGACGACCAAGCUCUGGAACACCUACCACCGCCGGGUGGAGGAGGGCCUGGACGCCAGCCUAAAGAAUCUAGGGCUGGCGUAUGUCGACCUGUUCCUGAUGCACUGGCCCGUGGCGAUGAACCGGAACGGUAACCACCCGCUCUUCCCCACGCUGCCGGACGGCUCGCGUGACCUCGACCGCCCGCGCUCACACGUCGACACCUACCGGGAUAUGGAGAAGCUGCCGCGCACGGGCAAGACGCGGGCCAUCGGUGUGUCCAACUACAGUGUGAAGUACCUGCAGGAGCUGCUGGCGCGCGUCGCGACCGUGCCCGCCGUCAACCAGAUCGAGAACCACCCACUGCUACCGCAGCAAGAGAUCGUCGACUUCUGCCGCGCCCGCGGCAUCGUGGUCACCGCAUACAGCCCGCUGGGCAGCACGGGCGGGCCGCUGAUGAGCAACGAGUCCGUCGUCGAGGUGGCGAAGCGCAAAGGUGUCGCGGCGGCGACAGUAUUGUUGAGCUGGCAUGCGGCCCGUGGGUCGUGCGUUCUGCCGAAAUCCGUCACGCCGGCGCGCAUCGAGGCGAAUCUCCGGUUGGUCCAGUUGGACGAUGAGGACAUGGCCACCAUUGCGAAAUUCACCAAGCAGUCUGUGUCGCGCAACGGGUAUACGCGAUAUGUGUAUCCGUCGUUUGGCGUUGACUUCGGCUUCCCCGACAAAGUUAUCAAGAGGAGCUGA